AUGGCACAGAUCGUGAGGCAGCUUGGCAACGCUGCGGCCGGAUCAAAUCCGUCGCUUAUUGCACGCCACAUGAGCGUAAUGGCAAAGGUAUUACGUUACGGUGAGUUUGGUGAACCGGCUAAAGUUCUACAACUGCAGCAGGAACCAGUUCCAGAUCCCAAACACGGUGAGGUACUGAUAAAGACACUCGGUGCACCAAUCAAUCCGGCCGAUAUCAACACCAUUCAAGGGAAGUACCCAGUCAAACCAGUCUUUCCUGCCGUCGGUGGAAACGAGUGCGUUGGAGAGGUUGUGGCCAUCGGAGGCGAUGGUAGCACCAGCAGUAGUCUUAAAGUUGGUGAUCGGGUAGUACCAUUUGCUACCGGCCUCGGGACGUGGCGCUCCCAUGCAAUCUACAGGGCGAAUCAACUGAUGAAAGUUCCGGCAAAUAUCGGAGUAGCGGAGGCAGCAACAAUCACCGUGAAUCCAUGUACCGGCUACCGGAUGUUGAAAGAUUUCGUCACAUUGAAACCGGGCGAUACUGUAAUACAGAACGGCGCUAACUCAGCAUGUGGGCAAGCCAUUAUCCAGCUGUGUCGGGCGUGGAAUAUCGAAUGUGUGGGAAUUGUGCGCGACCGGCCUGAAUUUGGACAGCUGAAGGAUUACCUGAAAGGGCUUGGAGCAGCAGAAAUUCUUACGGAGGAGGAACUACGCACGACGAAACUGUUUAAGGAUGGCAUUUUUCGAAAACCAAAGCUGGCACUGAACUGCGUUGGUGGAAAGAACGCUCUGGAACUAUCCCGACAGCUGGACCAGGCGGGUGUAAUGGUCACGUACGGUGGUAUGUCGCGGGAACCGGUCACCGUACCUACGGCAUCACUUAUUUUUAAGGAUCUUCGCUUCGUGGGCUUCUGGAUGACCCGUUGGACGAAGGAAAAUGCCGGCAGUCCACAACGGAGCGAAAUGUUCAACGAACUGUUUGGUUUAAUUGACCGUGGUGCACUGAAGGCACCCGCCCAUGAGAUGAUCUCGUUCGAAAACUACACUACGGCGGUUACGAAUGCACUCAACAUUCAGGGCUUUGUUGGUAAAAAGUAUAUUUUUCAGUUUUAA